AUGUCCCCCCACCUCUACCCCCGGAGGGUGGAGCUCCCGACCCACGACACCAAACUCGCACCACGCCACUUCCUGGAAGGGUGGGAUGCCUCUGGCUACGAGGCGCUGACGUACUCAUGGGGUCUUAGUGGUGUCGAACAAGAGGGUAACUUUGUCUGGGUUCACACCUUCCUUACCAUCCUUGGUGUUUGCGCGUUUGGCCUGCUAGUACUACGAUUCACAAACAUGUUCUACAAGCAUGCGCGGCACUUGACUGUCAUGAGCAACCCUGAAAGACAAGAGUACUGGAAAUUGAACAGGAGCGCAUGUCUGUUGUUGCUGCACUUCGAGGUCGUUCGGGAACCCUCGCAGCACUCAACCUCAUUCCAACCGUCCUCUUCGCCCUCCGCAACAACCCCCCUCAUCUCCAUCCUUCAGGUUUCGUACGAUGACUUCAAUCUGUUCCAUCGUUGGGCCGCCCGCAUCACCAUCUUCGAGGCGAUUGUACACACUGCGUGCUGGCUGCACAACACGCUACAAGGCCAGGGCGUUGCCGCCGUUGCCGCCGGUCUCCGCGAAGAAGCUUCCUACGGCUAUGGAAUGGUGGCAACCUGCGCUUUCGUAUUCCUCGGCAUCCAAGCCUGGUCGCCCUUCCGACACGCCUUCUACGAGACGUUUUUGGGCAUUCAUCGCGUCAUGGUCCUUAUAUCCUUUAUCGGUCUCUGGGAGCAUCUUGCCAGGCACGGUCUUCCCCAAAUUCCGUGGAUGUACAUCAUUUUCGCUUUCUACAUCUUUGAGUGGGUAGCUCGUCUUACCUGGGCCAUCUACUACAACUUCGGACAGAAGGGAUGCCGGGUCCACGUUGAGGCCAUGCCCGGAGAGGCUUGUCGUGUUACCAUCAAGCUCGCACGCGAGUGGACCCCUAAACCUGGCUGCAACGUUCACCUAUACAUUCCCAGACUCAUGGGACCUCACUCGCAUCCCUUCUCCGUUGCCUGGGCAUACCCACCGUCUCCCUCGUCUAAAGAGCACAAGGAACGCUCUCUCUCGCAGCUCGAGGGCGGUUUCACCCGCACAAUUUACGAGAAAGCCUGCGAACAGCCCAACAAAUCUUUCGACGCAUGGGGUUUCAUCGAGGGCCCCUAUGGCGGACACCACAGCCUUGACUCCUACGGCACGUGUCUCUUGGUUGCCGGCGGUGUCGGCAUCACGCACCAGGUCAUGUACAUCAAGCACCUCCUUGCUGGCGCACACGCCGGUACCACCGCUACGCGCCGCAUCCUGCUCGUCUGGUCAAUACCCGAUUCCGAGAGCUUAGAGUGGAUUCGCCCAUGGAUGGACGAGAUUCUGCGCAUGCCCAGCCGCAAGAAGCACCUGCGCAUCAAGCUUUUCAUCACGAAGCCCAAGGGCCGCAUCGAGCAGGGCAGCUCAGAGAGCGUGAAGCUGUACGCCGGGCGGCCGAAUUGGAAGACACUUAUUGCAGAGGAGAUGGCGCAUCGCGAGGGCGCGAUGGCCGUAACCUGCUGUGGGAGCGGUGGAUUAUCUGACACUGUCAGGGCGUCAGUGAGGCCGCUUACAACAGAGGGAUGCGUGGACUACAUUGAGGAAGCGUUCUCCUACUAA